CUCUCCAGGCUGCGAGUGUGACUGAGUGUGCGCGAGUGUGACAGGGUCGGAGGGGGACAGCGUGUGUGCGUGUAGGAGAGCGCAUUGGGGCGCGCGCGGCAGUUUGACAGAGUUGUGAGAAGGGGGCUGCGGGUGUCCGCGUUUCGGUGUGUGAGAGGCCGGGUCCGAGGGAGCCGCGCGUGUGCCAAGGAGGUGGCCAAGUUGGAGAAGCACCUGAUGCUUCUGCGUCAGGAGUACGUGAAGCUGCAGAAGCGCCUGGCGGAGACGGAGAAGAGGUGCCGGCUCCUGGCUGCCCAGGCCCACCAGGAGGAUGGCAGCGGCGGCGGCGGCGGCGGAGACUGCUUCAUCACGCGGCUGCUGCGGAUCGUGGCGGACCUCUACGAGCAGGAGCAGUACAGCGAUCUGAAGAUCAAGGUCGGCAGUCGGCGCGUCAACGCCCACAAGUUCGUGCUGGCCGCCCGGAGCGAGCACUGGAGUCUGGCCACUUUGGCCUCCACAGAAGAGCUGGACCUUUCAGCAGACGCCAACCCCGAGGUGACCAUGGCCUUGCUUCGCUGGGUCUACACGGACGACUUGGAGCUCAAGGAGGACGACGUCUUCUUGACCGAGCUCAUGCGGCUGGCAAACCGAUUCCAGCUGCAGCUCCUGAGGGAGAGGUGUGAGAAAGGCGUGAUGGCCCUGGUGAACGUGAGGAAUUGCAUCCGCUUCUAUCAGACGGCCGAGGAGCUGAACGCGGGCUCGCUGAUGAACUAUUGUGCGGAAAUCAUCGCCAGCCACUGGGACGACCUGCGCAAAGAAGACUUCAGCGGCAUGAGCGCGCAGCUCCUGUACCAGAUGAUCCAGUCCAAGACGCAGCACCCGCUGCACAAGGCCAUCCGGCUGGAGCGGGAGGACGUGGUCUUCCUCUACCUCAUCGAGACGGAUGCCCAGCUGCCCUUGAAGCUGAAUGAGCUCGAUCCCAACGGAGACCUCGCCUUAGAUCUCGCCCUCUCCCGAAGGCUGGAGAGCAUCGCCACCACGCUGGUGAGCCACCGCGCCGACGUGGACAUGGCCGACAAGAACGGCUGGAGCCUGCUGCACAAGGCCAUCCGCAGAGGCGACAGCUUCUCGGCCACCUUCCUCAUUAAGAACGGCGCCCUGGUGAACGCGGCCACCGCGGGGGCGCAGGAGACGCCGCUGCACCUGGUGGCCUCGGCCGGCGGCAAGAAGGGCCCGGCGGACGGCACGUCAGAGAUGGAGCACAUCACAGAGUCCCUCCUGCAGGCCGGGGCGAACCCCAACAUGCAGGAUGCGAAGGGGAGGACGCCGCUGCACUCCUCCAUCGUGGCCAGGAACGACGUGGUCUUCAGUCAGCUGCUGCAGUGCAAACAGCUGGACCUGGAGCUGAAGGACCACGAGGGCAGCACCGCCCUGUGGCUGGCCCUGCAGUACGUCACCGUGGCUUCGGACCGAGCCGUGAACCCCUUCGACGACGCUCCCGUCGUCAACGGGACGUCCUUCGACGAGAACAGCUACGCAGCCAGGCUGAUCGGGCGCGGGAGCCGCACUGACGCCCCCGACGCCACCACGGGGAACUGCUUACUCCAGAGGGCGGCCGGAUCGGGCAACGAGGCUGCGGCCCUCUUCUUGGCGGCCAGCGGAGCCCCCGUGAAUCACAGGAACCGCUGGGGAGAAACGCCGCUGCACACGGCCUGCCGCCACGGCCUGGCCACCCUGACGGCCGAGCUCCUGCAGCAGGGCGCCAACCCCAACCUGCAGACCCAGGAGGCGCCGCCUGCGGCCCCGGGCCCGGCCGAGGGCGUCUACCUGCAGACCCCCCUGCACGUGGCCAUAGCGUACAGGCACCCCGACGUCGUGUCCGUCAUCCUGGAGCAGAAAGCCAAUGCCCUGCACGCCGCCAACCCCCUGCAGAUCAUCCCGGACUUCAGCCUCCGGGAUUCCCGGGACCAGACGGUGCUGGGGCUGGCGCUGUGGACAGGGAUGCACACGAUCGCGGCCCAGCUGCUGGGCUCGGGCGCCUCCAUCAACGACACCAUGCCCGACGGGCAGACGCUGCUGCACAUGGCCAUCCGGCGGCAGGACGACAGGAGCGCCCUCUUCCUCCUGGAGCACCAGGCCGACAUCGGCAUUCGGACCCAGGACGGAGAGACGGCCCUGCAGCUGGCCAUCCGCAGCCAGCUGCCCCUGGUGGUGGAUGCCAUCUGCACCCGCGGGGCCGACAUGUCGGUGCCCGACGAGCGAGGGAACCCGCCCCUGUGGCUCGCCCUGGAGAGCAACCUGGAGGACAUCGCCUCGACCCUGGUGCGGCACGGCUGCGACGCCACGUGCUGGGGCCCCGGGCCGGGCGGCUGCCUGCAGACCCUCCUGCACCGAGCCAUCGACGAGAACAGCGAGGCCGUGGCCUGCUUCCUCAUCCGCAGCGGCUGUGACGUGAACAGCCCGAGGCAACCCGGCGCCAACGGAGAAGGAGACGAAGAGGCCCGGGACGGCCAGACCCCGCUGCACCUGGCGGCCUCCUGGGGGCUGGAGGAGACCGUCCAGUGCCUCCUGGAGUUCGGGGCCAACGUGGCCACGCAGGACGCGGAGGGCCGGACGCCGAUCCACGUGGCCAUCAGCAGCCAGCAGGGGGUCAUCAUCUCGCUGCUCCUCUCGCACCCCGACAUCCGCCUCAACGUCCGCGACCGCCAGGGCCUGACGCCGUUCGCCUGCGCCAUGACCUACAAGAACAACAAGGCGGCCGAGGCCAUCCUGAAGCGGGAGCCGGGCGCUGCCGAGCAGGUGGACAACAAGGGCCGGAACUUCCUCCACGUGGCGGUCCAGAACUCGGACAUCGAGAGCGUCCUGUUCCUCAUCAGCGUCCAGGCGAACGUGAACUCCCGGGUCCAGGACGCCUCGAAGCUGACGCCGCUGCACUUGGCCGUCCAGGCCGGGUCCGAGAUCAUCGUGCGCAAUCUGCUUCUCGCAGGGGCCAAAGUGAACGAGCUGACCAAGCACCGCCAGACCGCCCUGCACCUGGCCGCCCAGCAGGACCUGCCCACCAUCUGCUCGGUCCUCCUGGAGAACGGCGUCGACUUCAGCGCCGUGGACGAGAACGGGAACAACGCCCUCCACCUCGCGGUCAUGCACGGCCGGCUGAGCACCAUCCGGGCCCUCCUGACCGAGAGCAGCGUGGACGCGGAGGCCUUCAACCUGAGGGGUCAGUCGCCGAUGCACAUCCUGGGCCACUACGGCAAGGAGAACGCGGCCGCCAUCUUCGAGCUCUUCCUGGAGUGCAUGCCCGGGUACCCCGUGGACAAGGCCGACGCCGAGGGCAACACAGUGCUGCUCCUGGCCUACAUGAAGGGCAACGCCAACCUGUGCCGCGCGGUCGUGCGGGCCGGGGCCCGCCUGGGCUCCCACAACCUGCAGGGCGUCAACAUCUUCAAUUUCCAGGUGGCCACCAAGCAGCUGCUCUUCAGACUCCUGGACAUGCUGUCCAAGGAACCUCCGUGGUGUGACGGCUCCAACUGCUACGAGUGCUUGGCCAAGUUUGGGGUGACCACGCGGAAGCAUCACUGCCGGCACUGCGGGCGCCUCCUCUGCCACAAGUGCUCCACCAAGGAGAUCCCCAUCAUCAAGUUCGACCUGAACAAGCCCGUGCGGGUGUGCAACAUCUGCUUCGACGUCCUGACCUUGGGGGGCGUCUCCUAGGCCCGCCCUCGUCGGCCCGGCCCGGCGCCGGCCCCCCCGCGGCCGCCUGGAAACAAUGAAGGACCCUCUCGCGACUGGCUCCAAGCCUCGUGUCGGGCUGCUGGCGAGUGCGGCGGCCCCGGGAGAGCCCACCGGGCGGGGGGCACUUCGGAAACAGGGUUCCGAGGAGGAUCGUGGGGAAGAGUGGCCUUAACAACAAAGCUUCACGGGGGGGGGGUGCCCAGGGGGGUCCCUGCCCCGCGGCACGCCAGGAGGGAAACGAGCCGUGGCUUGGGCCACGCGGGGAUCCCUUCGGGAAUGUGGCUCUGACACCCGAGAAGAGACGGGUUGGAACUUGGGUGCGCCGCCCCUCGCCGAGGCCCUCCUGGUCUCUGCCCGAUCCGGGGGAGGCCGGGGGACCCUGGUGGACGAGGAGCGGCAUCGAGGAAGAGGCCACCUCCGCGCCCGAUGCCUGCCUCGUCCUCCCGGGCCCUCGGCGUCCUGCGGCCGUCAAGUGCAGGUGCAGCGGGGGGGCCUCAUCUGUUAGCGUGCGCACACGCGUGUGCACACGCGACGCAGAAUGAUGCUGGACGCCAGGGGCUCCCCUCCUGCCGGCCACAUCACACGCCCAUCGUGUUCCAGCUACGGGUGGGAUGAGGUUCCGGCCCAGAAGACGAGGAGUCCCUUUCGGACCACGUUUCUCCUGAGCUGCCACAUUCCCCAACCGUGAUUAGUGGGGAGCCAGCGUCCCCCGAGCCCCCUCCCCGAGCGCGGCCCCGAGGAGCCGUUCCCCGCAGCUUAAUGAAGUGAAAUGGAAUUCUUGACUCAGAAUCAUGGAUGAUGUUAUGGCUGGCGGCCCGGCCUCCCCUCCGCCGGCGCCUGUGCCUGCUCCCACUUACUGCAUCACUGCUCACACUAAGCCUGAUCAUGGGUUGAAAUGUGCUGGGAACACACGCGCGUGUUUGCGUGUCGGCACGGACGUUUCCCCUUCCCUCGUGCCGUGCCGGCUCCCCGGGCCCCCUCCGCUGCCCGAGCCGCUCAGGGGGGCGGCCCCCCGAUGGUGCCCGCUGUGCCCAUCCCGCCGACACUCCUACGGGCACCUGGGAUCACGAGUACAGACAGGCCUGAGAGCAGAGCGGCAAAGCCGGGCAGCUUCUGCGCUGGGGGACCCCCGAAUCCUCCAGCUGAGGCUCCUAAGGCAGGAGCUGCCAUCGUGGCCCUCCGCCGGGGUGCUUCUCUAGUUGCCCAGGAUUUCCUUGCCCGAACCCCUCUGCUGCCCCCAGGGAUCGACCCCACGUGCCCGGGAGCCCCGCAGCGAUCCCGUGCCGCUUCCCCGAGGCCCUUCUGCCCCCCUUGUUUUUCCCAAGCACAAGCCCUGCCCGGUUCGGUCACAGGUCCUCCCUCUGGCCUGAUCCCGGACAACUGCACCGCCCUCCAGGGGAAGGGGCGGCCUGAGAGGCAGGAGUCAGGCCGGGGGCAGCCCCAAAGCACAAAAGCCCUUAGAGGGGAUGGUGGGGGCCGGGGGCUUUUGUGACCUGACUCCUGGGACCUCGCCUUCCCCUUGUGCCAGCGUCUGGAAAGGGCCGCUACCAUUGUAGAUGCCUUAACGACUCCACAGGGUCAGACGUGUCCGGCUUCCUCUCCACGGGCCACGAGUGGCACCUGAGCCCAGCCCCCACUGGGCACUCUGGGCAGGCCAGAGUGGUGGGCCCAGCCCCCUCCCAAAGGUCCCUGCAGCCCGGGGACACUGGAAGGAUGUCCGAGGGCCACCAGGAGAGGGUGCACGUGGCCGCCAUUUCCUUGGAGCCUGUGGAAUAGAAUGUAUUUUUCCAAAUGGUUAUUUGCAUUAACUGUAAUGAUUCCUUGUAAUAAAACCAGAAUGGUGUCAAA